GUCAACAGCUACCCUUAAUACCUGGGUACUUUUCAUUCUCGGUUUUGGGUUGACAUUGGGAGCUCUCAAUAUUCGCCCACAAAACAAUUCAAAGUCUCGAGAAAAUUGUCUCGACCAAAGUUUAACCUCAUCUUGUUGAAACUGUCACUCCUUCCUCAAUUUGAAAAUGGCAAUUUCUCUAUCAUUUUUCCCCAUCUUAUCGGCGCUGCUUCUUGCGUUAUCACUCCUUACAGAAGCAGCGACUGUUACUUAUGACUUCAACAUUACUUGGGUACGAGCGAAUCCCGAUGGCGCUCAUGAACGUCCAACCAUUGGCAUCAAUGGACAAUGGCCAUUACCUAUCAUGAGGGCAAAUGUUGGGGAUCAAGUAGUUGUUAACGUUGAUAAUCAACUUGGCAAUCAAACUACAACCCUUCAUUUUCACGGUCUUUUUAUGAACGGCAGUACUCAUAUGGAUGGACCUGCACAAGUAUCUCAAUGUGGAAUUCCCUCGGGCUCACAAUUUGUUUACAAUUUUACUGUAAACCAGCCAGGCACUUACUGGUAUCAUUCACACGACAGAGGGCAAUAUCCAGAUGGACUUAGAGCACCAUUAAUUGUUACGGAUCCAGACUUUCCCUAUGCGGAUGAGGUUGAUGAGGAAUUUGUCCUCUCAGUCUCAGACUGGUACCACGAAGAGAUGCAAGUUUGGAUUCCUAAGUUUAUAGGGGUUGCAAAUCCAACCGGAGCAGAGCCUGUCCCUCAAGCCGUUCUUCUCAACGAUACUCAAAAUCUUACUGUAUCGGUGCAACCCGGGAAAACCUACCUGUUUCGCAUGGUCAACAUUGGUGCUUUUGCUGGCCAGUAUAUCUGGUUCGAAGGCCACAACAUAACCAUUGUUGAAGUUGAUGGCGUCUAUACUGAGAAGGCAGAGGCAGAAGCUAUAUAUAUCGCUGCAGCUCAGAGGUACAGCUUUUUACUCACCACCAAGAAUGACAGCUCAACAAACUUUGCUUUUGUCACAAGCAUGGAUACGUCCCUGUUUGAUGUAAUUCCUGACGGUUUGAAUUGGAAUGGGACUGGGUGGCUGGUCUAUGACGAUACUAAAGCCCUUCCGGAUGCCGCAUUUGUUGACGAGUACAACGAUUUCGAUGAUUUCAAUCUAGUACCUCAUGACGGCAUGGCGCUACUCUCAGAGCCUGAUCAGAUUAUCAGCCUUGAUGUAGUCAUGGAUGUACUUGGAAAUGGUAAACCAUAUGCAUUCUUCAACAACAUCACAUACGUUUCCCCCAAGGUUCCCACUCUAUACUCAGUUAUGUCAGCUGGAGAGGAUGCUGUGAAUUCUGCCGUCUAUGGAGAGUUUACUCACUCUUUUGUCCUUGAUCAUCAACAAACAAUAGAAAUCGUCGUAAACAACCUUGACUCCGGCAAACAUCCUUUCCAUCUCCACGGUCAUAACUUCCAAGUAAUCCAGAGGUCCGAUGAAGAUGCUGGCACAUUCGAUUCUACCAACACAACGGAAACAUCAUAUCCAGCUGUUCCCAUGCGUCGCGACACAGUUGUUCUUCGUCCAACCGGCUACCUCGUUCUUCGUUUCCAAUCCGACAAUCCGGGAGUUUGGCUUUUCCACUGCCACAUCGAAUGGCACGUCGACCAGGGUCUCAUCGCCACCAUGAUCGAAGCACCUCUCGAGCUCCAAAAAUCUCUCACUAUCCCAGAAAAUCACAUCGCUGCUUGCCAAACUCGUGGUGUACCAUAUACAGGUAAUGCGGCUGGUAACACGGAAGAUUACUUGGAUCUGAAAGGUGCUAAUGUAGCGCCUGGACCGUUGCCUGCGGGAUUCACGGCAAAGGGUAUUGUAGCCAUGGUGUUUAGUUGCUUGGCUGCGCUUUUGGGUCUGGCUACUAUUACAUGGUAUGGACUUGCUGAGAUGGGGGAUGCGGAUAAGGAGGCUGAGAAGAAGCGGUUAGAGGGAAAUGGAAGCGAGAGUCAUGAAGGCGUCUUUGUUCCAGAGACUGUUAGGGUGGAGAAGUGAGUUGAUUUUCUAGAGGUGUGUGAUUUGGCUCGUGAUGCUCCGGAUGGAAACAUAGUGGGAAACGAAUACAGACUCCGAAAUGAUUUUCGGGAUAAAGAUUGAUUUUAUGGAGUUAAUGAGGAAAUGUACAUAUGAUAAAUGAUAAUACCCUGUUGAUAGCAAUGAUUAGAGUUUUUCUCUUAACCACUCUCGGAUUUCUAGGGCGCGGCGAAUGGUAGUUGGAAUAGAUGGAUUCUAUUAUGCUGUAGUUAUUGGAUUAUAUGAAGCGCAUCUAUGUCACCGUCAACAUCAUACUUUAUCUCUUCGCUGUCGAAUGAACAUUGAUCA